GGGGCUUACGGGCAGGAGGCUCAUCUGAUAUUAAGGGAUACCCGCCCCCUAUGCACACCGUCGAUGCCAGAAGGCUCGUGAGUGCGUUUUCGGCGUUUUAUGACGCUACUGAAAAGAACAUACCAGUUCUUUUCUUUAAGGGCCCUAAGCUGAAUUGGUUUUUAAAUACUUCAGUGGGCAGAUGGUAUAAACCCUACCCGGUGACACCAUAUCAACAUAUAAUAAUAAAAAUAGUUCUAAACUAAGGUUUAUUUAUUAACGGUAAUAUUAUUUAUGUAGUUAAUCGAAGUCUUAUCUCGGAGUCGAAUCAUGUGCAAAACGAAAACAAUACAGAGAGUCGUGCACGUUCCUACUUUAAAAUAAAUGUUUAAGCAGCUUCAUUUCCAUGGUUAUCCAUCAAAAUACAAAUAAAGCCAAAAAAAUGCGUAUUUUCUCCUCCUAUUGUUCGCUGAAAACAAUGACCAACCUUAUUGUACAUACAAAAAAGUCCUACCAUUGUUAAGAAGGACACAGUGAGAAAUUUCAGUUAAAAAUUACAGCCUCGAUCAAACUUCGUCCAGAGCAACAUGUUCAUUAUAUUCAAGAUAAUAAUCAUAUCAUUUCUAAACUAUCCCACUGAAGGAUCCAUCGAUGGAAAAAGCUACCUGGAUUCCUUAGCCAUGAAGUCUUUUAAAGAAAAACCUGGUGAAGACGCCUGCAAUCCUCUUUAUUGGUAUCCGAGAAACAUUCCAGAGUAUUGUCAAUACCGCGCCCCCAAUAAACCCGAUAUAAAACUUCCUAUACAUGUACCUCUGCCCGUACCUUUGCCUCUUGUACCUGCCUUGCCAGCUCCGUUGCCCAUUCCCCCUUUGCCUUACGGCGUACCUAUAGUACCGAGUAAUCCAAUGAUACCCAUUGUUCCAAAUUUGUACUACCCACCGAUUCCAAGCCAUUCCGUUCCAUUCUAUCAGCAGCCUCAAGCUGCAAUGGUACCUGGUAUUUCUGGAAUAGUUUCAAGAGAUGGAGGUAUAAACAUACUACCAUUUUCCGACGCGUAUGCUGACAUGUUGGAAAAACACAAAAACAAAAUGAUAAGGCGAAAAUUAGAAAGAUUACUUGACAAAUAUGAUGAAUAUCCAAACCGUGGAACUUACAGACGAUUGAAAAGAUACAGGCAAGAAUUAUAUUAUGAUUAAAAAACUACGUUUUGUGUAA